AUGCGUGGCGGCGGCGUAGGUUUUGACGCUAGGUCAAGCGCCGGCGGCGACCACGGAGACCACGACAGCAGCUCGAUGGACACACCCACGGCUGCUUCCUUCGACGCCAUACGCAAGCGCGCCGUGAUGCCUCCUCCUACAUCCGCUCAUCCAUCUUCCACGCUUCAUCAUCUAGCAUCUGCUUCACAAGAGAGGCACCAUCCUACUAAGCAAGCUGUCUUCCAGGAAGAUGACAGCAAUGACUACGGUGAUGGCUCAGGGAUGCUACGUUUUCUCUACAGCAGGAAAAAGGCUCCACUUAGAGGAGUGCAAUCGUGGAAGGAUAUGAAGGACAAUGUGAAAAUAGCAAUAGCAGAAGAAAUGAUGAAAAUUUGGGACUUAGAUGACAUUGAAGAUGCUACUGAAAAGAUAUGGGAAAUUACCAAAGAGAGGUACAAAGGAUGGAGAGCUUCAUUUAGUUCGACAUACAAGGCAUACUCCACUUACGCUCAACGAAUGAAGCAUAAGCAUGAAGAUUUAGACGACGUGGAGUGUUACUACUUGAUCCAAUAUUUUGGAAGUAAGCCAUUCCAGGAAAAUGCCUGCAUCCAAGUUACAGAGGUAGAAAAAGGGAAGGGUAGGCCCUUCCUUACGGUUGAGGAGGAAAACACAGUUUUCCAACUCAACUACUCUAAAACUCUUGGAAUAAAGUCAUACAGAUGUCAUGGACGUGGAUACAUGGCGAAAUAUCCAACAAGAAAUGCUCUACUGAAACAUAGAGAAGAAGAUGCAGCUCGUACUGAAGUUUUAGCUCGACAAGAAAGAAUGCAGCACCAACAAGAGGUUGAAGAAUUAAAAGAAAAGCUUGAACAUGCAGUUUCAGCAAGGGAAAGAGACAAGGAAGAAACUAAGAAACAAAUUGAAGAAAUCAGAAAUACCAACAGUGAUGAUGAUGAGGAAGAGGAGUACAAUGUGAAGCACCGUAAUGACAAGGAACCAGCAGGCAGUGACAGUGAUGAGGACAGCGGUGAUGGUGAUGGUGAUGGCAAUAAUGAUGGUAGAGGUGGAAAUGGUGAUGAGGAUGAUGGAGAGGAUGAUGAGGAUGAGGAGAGUGAUGAUGAGGAUGUGGACAAUAUUGCUAUGCCCAUCAUUUAG